AUGAUCUCGUCAAUUCCUAUUAGUCCUCCUGUCACUCCAAAGCAUUCAGAUGAGCCUCAGACACCACCUUAUGAUGCAUUGGAAUUGCCACCUUCUCUCGUCUGCCCGUCGUCUCCUCCCAAUGCUACUGAUCUGCGUCGUAAAUCAAGCGUAAAGAGAUACAGCCGAGCCAUGUCAAUGUCUUCUCAAGAUGUCAUUACCUUCAGAGAUCCAUUCCCAAUGGAAGGUAGCUGCUAUCUAGCUGCUGCCAAUGCCUCAUCGCAUCAUCCACCAUCGCAUCGCUCCAAAUCAAUUCCCACCCGAUCCCCUUCACCAUCUACUCGAGGCAGCUUUACAAUGGACAUUUUUGAAGACGGUGUUAUAAGCGGCAGCGGAAUGAUGAGCAGGAAAAGACGGAAUCCUGAAGCAGCAGAGCAAGAACGAAUGACGGAGAUUCCAGUGACACAAACCCACCAGCCUACCUUUAGUGCUUUAUUGAAUACAGAACGCAAUGUCAAGAAAUCCAAGACGGACGCGGCUGCUGCCUACGAUAAUGUGGACAUUACCAUGAGCGAUGAAACUAUUUUUCAAGAUCCCGAAUGGAUACCUGAUAUGGAUGCAUUUGAUGCUGUGCCAGCUGUUCGAGUUGUUUGGAAAGGAUCUCCAUUAUCCAUUGAUCACUUGCCCUACUAUGAACUGCUACAUCCCGGCGAGGUUCACAUUGCUUCCACCUUGCGUCUGACACCAGAACAAUAUCUAAAAUGUCGACGCUCUCUUAUCUUGGCUGCUCAGGAAUUCGAUAAAUUGCAUAUCCCGUUUAGAAAGUCAGACGCCCAGAAAUGUGUGCGAAUUGAUGUUAAUAAAACCAGCACGCUCUGGAGUGUUUUCAGUAGAUUGGGAUGGUUGACUCCCAGACCUGCUGUAUCCACUUGA